AUGGAUGUUCCGGCUCGUAUUAGAUUUCAAAAUUUUCGAACAACAAAAUGGGAUCCAAACGAAAAUUUACCAUAUGAUUAUGGAAGAAUUUAUCAAUUUCCUAAUUUUCCUACUAUGACUAAACAAAUUGAAAGUGAAGAAGAAUAUAAUCAACAUAAACAAGAUCAUACUCAGUUUGAAAGAUUUUUUCGGUCACGACAAACUCUUGUUACAACACGUUUUGGUCCAAUAACAUAUCCACCUGCAUCGGUUUUUGCAUUUAAACAAUUUCCUGAUGGUACACAUGGUCAUAUGAAAUGUCUAUUUGAUGGAAUUUUUAAAUCACAAGGUACUGUUUUUAUGAAUCUCUAUAAAAGUGUUCAUCCGCAAUGGAUAUAUGAAACCAUUGUCGAUUCAACAACAAGAAAAUAA